AUGGCGGCGAGGUGGAGACAUAGAGACGUUGUUGAGUUCCUUGUGAACGAAGGUGCAGAUUUGUCACUUGUGGACCAAUUCCAUAACAACGUCCUCCACGGCGCCUGUAUCGGAGGAGAUGUGCAGAUUGUGAACUAUCUUCUCUCACGGGACGUGUUGGACAUCAACAGUAAGGGACAUAACGGAAAAACGUCAUUGAUGUUGGCCGCAAUCCAUAAGCAUAGUGGAGUGGUGGACUUGCUUCUUUUGGAAGGAGCUGACAUGUCACCAGUGGACAAUUCCGGUAACAACGUCCUCCACUGCGCCUGUCUUGGAGGAAAUGUGAUGGUUGUGCAGCAUCUUUUGUCACGUCGUCGAGCAGACAUUUAUGCCAGGAAUAAAGGCGCAUCAACUGACGGAACCACUGAGCAUAGACGGGCAUCACUGAACCUUGAAACUACGGAAAGUGGACACGAUCAAGAAGGAAUACGUCAACCUAAUCCAGCAGUGCAAGCCAACUUGUCAUAUGCAUGCAGAGCGGGAGACCUAACCAAGGUUAAACGCAUUUUGUCGGAGGGUAAAGUAUACAUUAACUUUUUCCACUCCUGGCAAAUGCCAGCUGUGAUGAUAGCGGCGAGGUCGGAACACAAGGAAGUUGUUGAGUUUCUUGUGAAUGAAGGAGCAGAUUUGUCACUUGUGGACCAGUUCGGUGACAACAUCCUCCAUCAGGCCUGUAUGGGAGGAGAUGUAAAGACUGUGAAGUAUCUCCUCUCACAGAGCGUGGUGGACAUCAACAGUAAGGGGCAGCACAACAGAACACCAUUGAUGUUUGCGAUAUUGCAAAGGUGCCAUGAAGUGAUGGAGUUACUUGUAGAGGAAGGAGCUGAUAUGUCACUAGUGGAUGAUGUCGGUAACAACGUACUCCACUGCGCCUGUAUUGGAGACAAUUUGGUGGCUGUGAGAUUUCUUCUGGCACGUGGUCUAGCAGACAUUCAUGCCAGGAACCAACUGGCUCAGACAGCCACCGACCUAGCUAAAGACAAAGGUUUUGUAACCAAACCUCCAUGGCCUGCUAUGUGCCCGGAUCUGAACCCAUUGGAGCCUGCCUGGGGCAUUCUUAGAAGCCGAGUGCAAGCACUGGAUCCGCCUGUACAAGAUCUGACAUGUUUGGAAGCAGCUUUGCGCCGGGAGAGGCAGCAGCUGCCUCUGGAGCCAAUCCGGAGACUCACGACAAGCAUGAGGAGGAGGGUCAAAGUAGUCAUCCGUGCACAAGGUGGAUAUGCACGCACACUUUUCAUGUGA